UAGAGUAACCGUCUCAGCCUUUAUAUGUUAUGAUUAUACGUGAUACUCCCUCCCUUUAUACUACACAGGGGAGCAGUCCCCGCCUUAUGUUUACUCCCCAGCCCUAGCCACGCCUUCUGGCGGGGAGGUACCUCCCUCUAGGAGGGCUGGGAGGGAGGACUAGGAGGUAGAGGAGUGCGGGAGGAGGGUGUAUAGUAGAGUAAGGCUACAGGUUGCGGGAUAAGCUGAUUGUGAUGAUUGUUAGCUAUGAGAGCAUACUGCACCAAUAUCCCGGAACCGGAAAUACAAGUUUCAACACCGGAAGUGAAAGCCUCGUGUCCCAGGGGUCCUGGUAUGACCGGCUAAGCUAUGUCAGGAGUGAGGAGUCCUCUGGAGAAUGAUCAGAUGAUCAGUAAUGUAAACCGGGAUCCAGAUUCGGGGCUCCGAUGGGACGAAAUGCAGGACGAUGGGGGUGGUCGGGACGACCAGCGUGGACAACUCGUCCGCGCCGGGUCGUUAACAUCUCUGGCACCGGAGCCGUACAUGAUAAUGCAGAGCCGGAGCUCAAACCGCCGCGUCAUCCUCAACGUUGGCGGGGUGAAGCACGAGGUACUCUGGAGAACAUUAGAGAGACUUCCCCACACCCGCCUUGGUCGGCUUCGGGACUGCCAGAGCCACGACGCGAUCAUGGAACUCUGUGACGAUUAUAGUUUGAUAGAAAACGAAUAUUUUUUCGAUCGACAUCCGCGAUCAUUCAGCUCGAUUCUAAACUUUUACCGAACUGGUAAACUUCAUUUAGUUGAGGAAAUGUGUGUUCUAGCAUUCAGUGAUGACCUAGAGUACUGGGGUAUAGAUGAACUAUACCUGGAAUCAUGUUGUCAGCACAAGUAUCAUCAACGGAAGGAACAUGUGCAUGAAGAGAUGAGAAAAGAGGCGGAGAGCCUUAUCGCACAUGAGGAGGAGGAUUGGGGGGAUGGUAAAUGUGCUAAGUAUCAAAAGUUCUUGUGGGAUUUGCUGGAAAAACCGACAACGUCCGUGGCAGCAAGGGUGGUAGCAGUAAUAUCAAUCAGUUUCAUUGUCUUAUCCACUGCAGCUCUAACCUUGAAUACCAUCCCUGCGAUAUCUGGACGCGACGAGACAGGCCGGCAAGUGGAUAAUCCUAAACUUGCCAUCGUGGAGGCGGUCUGUAUAACCUGGUUCACGUUAGAAUACAUUCUUAGAUUUGCUACCUCACCAAACAAAUGGCAAUUCGUGAAGGGUGGUAUGAACAUUAUAGAUGUUCUUGCGAUUCUACCAUAUUUUGUAUCCUUGUUUCUAAUAGAAUCCAACAAGAACUCUGUCAAGACAGCAGACGCACCAGAAGACAAUGAUUUUGAAGAAGUUCGAAGAAUUGUUCAAGUGUUCAGAAUUAUGCGAAUCCUUAGAAUUUUUAAACUGGCACGGCAUUCUACCGGCCUUCAGUCCCUUGGCUUUACCUUAAAGAAUUCCUACAAAGAGUUAGGGUUAUUGAUGUUGUUCCUUGCAAUGGGAGUCCUCAUAUUUUCAAGUCUGUGUUAUUUUGCGGAAAAGGACGAGAAAGGAACUCUUUUCCGUAGUAUUCCGGAAACCUUCUGGUGGGCUAUAAUCACAAUGUGUACAGUGGGAUACGGGGAUAUAAGUCCUAUGACGGGUCCAGGGAAGAUUAUAGGAUCAGCGUGUGCAGUUUGUGGUGUAUUGGUUAUUGCCCUGCCCAUUCCCAUCAUUGUUAAUAAUUUUGCCGAAUUUUAUAAUCAGCAAGUUAGAAAAGAAAAGGCUGUGAAGCGAAAAGCUGCUCUAGAGCGGGCCAAGAGGGAAGGAGCCAUCGUAUCCUUUCAUCAUGUGCACCUUGGAGAUGCUUUCGCAAAGUCCAUGGACCUUGUUGAUGUUAUAGUUGACACAGGACAUAACAUGUCUGUGCUGGGUUCCCAGGUUGAUGUGGAUAUGGAUGAAUCAGUUCCUGAUCCUGUUCCUAAACAUCAGGGACAUACGGGUACAGGUUGCUACAAGCUACACGACCAUGAGUUCAUCCGACCACGGGGUCGACCGGCUAGGAAAGGCGGGGGACCUCCUGUGCCCCCGGCAGGCGAGACAUCGACCACUGCGCCGGCCAACCUGAUGGAUCUACCUGUAUCCGAGAUACUUAUGGGUCAACCCUCGCCCGUGAAUGCCACUAAAGCGCUGAAACACCUGAACUCCUCUGCUCAACGCACACCUGAGACCCCAAGUAUAUCUCCAAUGAGAAUUUAUGUACGGCAGCUGAUGGGGUCCGUUCCUAGUUUUCAACCCGGCAAUAAUAAUCUUAAUCUCCCGUCAGAUAUUCCUUUCAACCCGCAGAUAGAUGAGGUUGGAUCAAAGGAGAGUUUUGAUACUUGGGAAGACGACCUAAGAUUGCCAAAAUUGACAGACAACGCUUCUUUUGAAUUUGAUGCGCUUGUUGAUUUAUCGUCCAAGGAAAAUCGAAGAUUCCUUCUCUCCCAGCGGUUGCAUAGUGGGAGCCUAGAAACUACAAAUGGUAAUAAUGUUAUUGAAUUAAACAACUUCUGUGAAUUUGGACCAACUACAUCUAGCGGUGACUUUGGUAGUUUAGACUCUAGUGAUACAUUUCUCAGUUGCAACACCCAUCCAUUCCCAAGCCAAGGAUCCUUGGUCGGUUUAGAAGCUCUAGCUGCUCAGGGAUCCAUGGCUCCCAACGGAUCAAUUAACAACUCCGUUUACGUGAAUCCGUUCGACCCCCACAGGGACCAGAGGAGGAGGAGGAAGGCUGUGACACCAAGUCCAAAAGGAUCUCCUCAACGACGGGUGAGAAUAGCCGCUAGGUCAAGAUCAAGUGAUCUAUGUGACCUUGAUCUAAUGGAUCGUGAGACUAGUGUAAAUGAACCUCCUCCUAAGCAUAAAAGAGCACGUGUGGCGAAGAGUGGAGUGCUAGACCAAUUGAAACCGGAAAACCUGAGAAGACAAUCUCUAACAACAAAAUUUGCCGCGGCACUCAAUCAAGGGUUGUCGUCUUUGGGGGACAAAUUAGGUAAAGGGAACAAGAGCUCUUCUCCUGCAUCAAUCCAGCCUGUGAUCCAACCCUCGCCCUCAACUAUUAGAAAAAAAUCUAUCCUGAAGAAGGUUGAGGGUUCACCCAGAGACCCUGAAACUGACGAACUUAUCCAGGGUGAGGACACUUCUCACCCUCGUGUUUCCUGGCCUCCAUCUUCUCCAACCUCUAGUCCUUCCAAUAGAUCCCGUCCUUAUGCCUCAGGAUCUAGAGGAUCUAGCCCAGCUCUGCCCCCACCCUCAAACACAAGCCUUAAAUAUGCCACGCCUACUCCUGCCAAAAAACAACUUUUUAGCAAACUUGCAGAUGAUCCCCAAACCUCAGAUGUAAAUGGUGAAACGGACAAACCAGAUUUUUCUCCGUCUCUGAAACGAAGAUUAAGGUUUCCUCCUCCUAUAUCACUGGAGACACCCUCCUUCCCUUCUUCUUCCAGGCCUUCAGAGGGAUCCGGAGCUUCCGGCUCCCCGGAAGUAUCAGGAGCUCCCGGCUCCCCGGAUGAUAUGAUAUGUGAUGAUCUUAUUGAAUCUCAGAAGAUAAAACUCUCCGAACCCAAACCCAAGUUUCAACGGGGGAGAGAACAAGUAAAUAAAGGACAUAAAGGACUGAAAGUUGAUCAUCAGGUUUAUCUGAGACUCCAGGGGGACCCGGAGAACCCGGAAGAGAAGAUAGAAGAGGAAACCAGAGAUAAAGAAGGUGGAGAACGUAUAAGUCAGGAUGAUUCUGGGAUUGGUUGUGGAACGUCAUUAGAAAUCCUUUCUGUACUAGGGGCUGGACACUGUCCAGAUUCUCCCCUGGAGACUGAACCACCCUGCUCCGAGCUGUUACCUAUCGGGGUUAUCCCGUGCCAGGAGACUCCUCAACCUGUUGAUAUUAUAUGUACUUCUCAGGAGUUUUCUUCUGAUCCAGGGACCACAGAUUCUGUUACAUAACCAAUCUACAGGAGUCCAGACAGCUUUGUUCUUCCUCCAGUCUUCAUCAUCGAAUCUCAGUUUAGCUGGUCCUACUCUUGAUCCAAUACCCUGAUAGCUGUUCCUUAUUCCUUGUCUCUCUCACUUUAUAUUUCUAUCUAUUUGUUACGAGGAGGAAACCUACAGUUCACUGUUUCAUAGUUUUAAUGUCAGCUGUUCAUCUAGAUAAUUUUGUUAUAAAACAAUAUUGAGUUAAAAAUUCAGUGUUCUCUGUAGAGAGCAGUUUAAAAUGUUUCCAUCAGAACUUGUUCCUAGAGAGAGAAAUAUAUAUCUGCUCCAGGUUCCACAGACAACUUGACUCCAGGUGUCUUUAUAAACCUUACUAUAUGUGAUCCCGGCACUUAUUGCCCCAUACCGGUGUAUUUACUUGGUAAAUAUUCAUCACUUUUCAACCCAGAACCAAUCCUUAAUCCCCUAGUCCUUUAUUUCUUAAAUCUUGAUCCCAAUCCUUAAUUAGUUUAUUCAUGACCUUAAUUCAUUAUUCCUUAAUCCUUUAUCCCUAAAUCCUAUAUAGCUAAAUUCUGUAUCCUUAAUCCUUUAUGCUUUGAUCCUUCAUCCCUUCAUUGUUUAUGCAUUACUCCUAAAUCCAUUAAUCCUGUAUCCCUUAGCUCUUGUUCCACUAAUCCUCUAUCUCUUUAUCUUAUUACUAAACCCUUCUGUGUAAAAAUUUAAAUCUUAAGAAACAUUUCUAAUUAAUCUUUUUCGGUCAAUCAUGCCUUACAAGCCAUUAAAUCCACAAUGUUUUCAAUCGUUGUACUUCCUUUCUAAACAUAAAAAACAUUAUCCAUCUUUUAUUACACAUUUUAAACCUCAAAACGUCCGUUGAUUUAUUUUUUAUCAUUAAUGAUUUAACUUUAAUCUGUACUUUGAUAUGUAAGAUUAGAGUUCGCUUAAUCAAAUAUUUGAAAUCCUUCUUUCCUUAUUUUUUAUUCGAACCGACAAUAGCAAUAACAAAUCUGAUAAUUAUUAAAUAAUUAAAUAUUCGAUCUAAUUGCCAUAUCCCCCCUGUCACUGUCAGUAUAUCAGAGAAGAUAAAAUUUUAAAUGAAAAAAUCUUCCAUGCAUAAAUCUGGAAAUUUUCUAAUGAAUUUUGUUUUCUUCGGUAAAAUGUUCUUCAUGCUUCACGCUUCCCGCAGGAUUGGUUCUUAUCUUCUCCCUUUAUUAGAGGGCCCAUUUUUUCAUGAUCAAUUUGUUUCGUAAAUGUCAAACGGAAUCUUUCCUGAAGCUGUUGAAAACUGCAAAGGAAUCUCUCUUUCUUCACUUACAAAUAAAUUUUUACCCAAGAACUUAGAAGUCACACAUAACUAUGUACAUUGUACAACAUGCGCAGCAUAUUUUACCCAAUUUUAUUUCAUAAGGGAUUCAUCCAAAAAAAUCGUUCCGUAAAUUUGUUUUCAGAAUGUCGCACUUACUUCUCUAAAGCCCUUGAUUUUCAAUUUAAUAUUUUUGAAUUGUUUACAGCUUGAGGAAAGGUUCCGUAUACAUUUCUGUAUCGGAAUUGGUUCGGAAAAAUAUUUGAAACCCUGACCCUUUAUGCUAACUCUUGUUAAAUGGAACAAUGUUAUUCUGUUUCACCCAAUAUAUUUAUACCUUGUUAGUUUAUUAUGUAUCUAUAUAUAUAUGUAUAUGUAUAU